AUGGAGGUCUGUGAGUCAGCGAGCGGAAGUAGUGGAAGUGAAAUUGAAAUGGAUGAAGGUGUCGUUGAAUAUUACCGCUGCCUUUUGUGCAAGCACGAGACAACAAAAAUCUCGGAAUUUUUUCAACACCUGGAAGAUAUCCACCACUGGAAGCUACAAAAUGAGAAGAAACUCUUUACUAACCAGUACACGUGGAUUGCCUUCGUCAAUUGGUCUCGUAAAAAUGGACCUUCCCAAUGGAAUGAUUUCCUUUCUUUAAGUGAAGAAGACCGACAGCCAUACCUGCAACCUUUCAUUCAAGACGACCCAGUAUUGAUGAUAGAUGUGGAAUCUUUUAUCAGCGGUUCGGAUGACACAUCAGACGAUGGUCAACGGACUGUUGAUGAUCUACAACAAAGGAAUGAAGAUCUUCUUUUUCAGCUUUCAAAAUGCAAACAAUUGAUUGGAGAACUUAUGAAACGUCCUAAUUUGGAGUACUCUCAAUCCCUUCCCGAAUCAAACCACGUUCAUAUGGGCUAUGGUCUGAAUAAACGCCUUUUCUGUGUUGCUUUGAGACCCAUCCGUUUCUUUCUUGACAAAUUGGUGCUGAAAACUUUCCGAGAUUUCAUAAAGCAAAACCAUGGGGACCGCAUUCUAGGUAAAGUCGUCCUGAAUCUCUUUGAAGAUGCUGGGGUGAUAUCGGUUUUUGCGGCUAAAGCCGGUGCCAAGCGUGUUUUUCUCCCGGUAUCACCGUUUGUUGAAUCUGCUAAAGCUCUCGCUAAGUCCAACAACUGUGAGGAGAAGCUUGAAGUGGUGCCUAGCCUCUCCUCACUUCCAGUGGAUCGAAUUGAUGUUUUGUUUUGGGAUUGGUUGGGUGCAUUUCUUCUCAACUCCGACCAAUCAGGAAUCACCUCUCUUAUCCAAUCAAAAAUCGACGUGGUUUAUCCUCGAACUUUGUAUCUUGAUAUCGUCGGAGUUAAUGUGAAGCAAGAGGUUGUUAAAUGCCUUGUUCCGUCGUGUACUUUUGAGGACUUGAACACAGCCCCCCUCACUGACGCUGCUUAUAGAAAUGUCUACUCCUAUGAUUGGAGUUGCGAUUUGCUAACACCUGUGACUAAUAUCCAAAUGGUUGUCACUGUGGAUAUCCAGAAAACGGCUAGUUUUCUGUUUGAGGAAAAGGACAUCUUACUUGCCUUUAGCACAGCUGCAAAAGUGAAUGGGCUGUUGAUGUACCUGCGCUGUGAACUUGAUGGAAGUAAGUGGUCAUUUUCAACAGAGGAUUCCGGAUCGUAUGGACAGUCUCUGAUCCUUUUAAAGCGCCCGAUUGAUGGUCUGCCGGAUCAAGAAACUCGUGAUUUUUUGACGGACGAUUUUGACCACAAGUCGUGGAUAAAUCGGACCUUGCAGUCGGUUGCAAAUGAUGCAAAUGCAGAGGCGGCAAUAUCGUCACUCCUCCUCACUGUGCAGAGGAUGUUAGAGGCAUACGGCAAAUCAAGAAGUGGAGAAUACUUUCCGCGAAGUGGCUCAAGCUAUUCCAAGGUGAAUUUUAAGAUCCUUCGCAAUAUAGAAUCUGUCAAUCAACAGGCCAUUCUUCUCAGAGAUCAUAUGGACAGUGUUGAAAAGGACUUCCGAAAUAUGCACUUAGAUGACAGCGGCGUAAUUCGUGAGUUGGAACGACUCGAUUGCGAACGUCAACGAGCCAAGAAAGCAGCCGAUGCAUUGCGUGAGGCCAAUAGGUGGUCAAUGUUGGUGAAUUCAAGACAAGCCCUUAUGGAAGGUGAUGCGAAUGUAGAUCAAUUGUACCAACUCAUUCUCGAUAUGGAUCAGAGCCUGGUCUACUUGGAGCAGAUGCCGGACUACGCCGACCGAAAGGCCCUCCUGAAUGCCACCAAAGAUCGAUUGGAGACCCUGGUUGCGCCGCAGUUCAUGGAACUUCUGGAUGCGAUCACGCAGUCCACUGACUCCCGAUUGCCUGAACAAUUGCAGCACAUGAUAGCAAUUUUUAGUGGAUUAAAUAGAUCCUCUGUUGCUGUACGGUAUUACGUCACUUGGCUGGUGAACCGCAUGAAGGAAAAUUGGGACAACUCAAACUGUACCACAAUGGAAGAAAUCCCAUUCUUGGAUCAAAGCGUUGGUCGAGUCCAUCGCUACUUUUGUGAUGUCAUCACUUUUCUCACCGAUCAAUUGGAGCUUAAAUUAUUCGCAGACGAAUCCCAGGUGCCACUGCUACGGGCUUUGACCAACGCCUUGGAAACUGCAUCUGCACAAAUUACACAAUCCCUCUUUGAGGAGUGCGACUCUCCAACGAGUCGUCUUCAUCGAUGUGCUGAAAUGUUGAAGGUUUCUGAAAAUUUCGCUGAUCAGCUUUGUCAUCUUUUGAAGCCUAAUGACGAUGCCAAACUAGAGCUCUGCUUCGACGUUGUUCGAAAAUUGUGCCUGCCUUUUUCGGCUAUCAGUGAAAUCUUCAAAAGCUACGCGAGUGAAAACUUGCAGGAAAUAUGCCAUAUCAUCAAGCCAACAUACACAAAUGAGUCAAUCAUCCUAGAUGAUCUUCAAACGACCUCUGACCGACUGUCUGAAUGCCUUGCUGAUCUCUUGACUUGUGCUGUUUCGCUGACAAAAGGAAUCGCACUUGCAAGUCUGUUAGACGCAGUUCACGAUGCAACUAAACUAAUGGUGGAGAAAUGGGAGAAUGCGUUGAAAUCCUUUGCCAACCACCUCAUUGAACAGGACAGAGCAAUACACUACAAGCAGGCGUGUGGAACGAAAACUGCACUUCUCCUCGUUUCUGCCACUGGAGCCUUGUCAAUGAAAAUUGGGGACUUCGUGAAGAAAUUUGAUGGUCAUCUUGGGAAGGUUUUUUCCUCCAGCGAAAGCAAAACCGGCGACUGUACCAGCUCUGUCUGCCCAUUUCACUCCCUCCUCUUGCCUUUGAUUGGUGAAUCUCAGCCCUGUGCCGAUUGGUACUUUCUUCUGCCUCAUGCGCCACAAUCUGAUUUGCUCAAAGCCCCAGCAGCCGAUUCCUCCAAUCCUAUCACGCCAAGUAGUGUUCUCCUCAGUCGAUUGGCUGAUCUCUGCAAGGCCUCGGUUGCCAUGUCACAACGCGUUGCCAUGACACCUGUUCAUGCGAUUUUGGCAGUGGUGCCGAAAAUGACGCUUUGGGCGUCGCAUCCGGCUAGUGGUGAGGCGAAGCUACCUGACUUGGCCUAUUUACCUCAGGAGUACAUAACGCAGCUCGGACAGUACAUCUUCAACCUUCCCGAGCACCUCCUUCCCUUUAUGGAUACUAGUGAGGACGUUAAUUCAACCAGCCUGGAACAGGGUGCAGCCCUAGUCCACUGCCUUCGUCUCACCGAUCCUUGCACAUGUAACGUUUAUGCCACCGCUGGCAAUCGGCCCCGUUUAAGCUCUGGUGCGGAGACCAUUUCGUCGCCUUCCAUCAUAACAGCAUGGCUUGAUUGGCUGCUAAGUGGACAGGUGGCAGAAGCAUUUGUCAAAGUUAUUUUAGAGAUCCCUUCACCGCUACAAGUGCCAAAUAGUGAUGGCAAAUCGUCACCAGGGCUAACUGCGCAUGGUGCGAAACAACUGCUGACAGAUCUGGAUUAUUUUUUGGCUCUGCUAGAGGAACUGGGCCUACCGCGUCCGGGAGAUUUGGCGUCUCUUCGUGAUCUUAUAAAUGCGUCGCCGGAGGAAUUUAAAGGUGUUUCAGAGGGAAGGUCGCCACGGUUAGUGGGUGGAGUGAUUAAUCUGCGAAUGCUGUGA